GCUUCCACCAACUGGAUCUAAUCCAGACCUUGUACGAAGUAGUCCAGCUCCAACAUCAACAGCUUUAAAACCUGAAACUGCCUCUGCAAAAAUUGAAAGUCCUUCUAGUAAGCCUUCUGCGGAUAAACCUGUUGCAGCAGAUGUUAUGAAGUCCAGUGACAUAAUGAGUAAAUCUUACACACAAAUUUCAAAAUCGGAUAGUCCGACUCGUAAGAUGAUAAGUGGGAGUAAACUCCCCACUUCUACUACCACUACUACAUCAACACCGCCUAUCCCUACUGGUAUUAAAAUGCCAAUAAAUCCUUCAGAGAUCUCACAAACAACAGCAGCACUUAGUGAUGUAAAAGCGGCUGCGCAGAAGGUGGAUUCUGAAAAUGCACCAAGUGAACUUAGAGAUACGUCUCAAAAAAUACCAAAAACAUCUGUAUCAGCUGUUCCAAGUGGUACUGGUAAGUACAUCCCAGACACAGAGUUGGAACUGGCAAAUCUACGUGCUGAAGUAAUCGAAUUUCGUGAACAAAUUGAUGCUUUAAAAGCUAAACGGGAAGAAGAUAAAAAUAGAAUACAAGAAUUAGAACGUGUUAAAAUUCAGCUGUCACAAGUUGAAGAGAAUCGACGUCGAAUCCGACAACAAGCAGCUGAAUUACAACGUGAAAUUGCUCAAUUAAAAACAGUAGGUUUUCUUUCUUAUAUUGAUUUUAACAAUUUUGUUGGGUUGGUGAACUGUACUUGGAGCUUAAAUUAUUCUUUUGAAGUCACUAUCAUUACUGUUUCCAAAGAAUGGAUACUGAACAAAGAAUACUCUUUUCGAUAACUUCAUCAUCAGGCUCUGCAGUUAUAUAUACAUUAUAGUAAAUGAA